UGGUUAGUUGUUCUUAUUAAACGGCAGUAAGACGGCACCAGACCCAUCUAGAAUUCUCUCAUGGUAAAAUUUUCACAUCGAUCGCCCAACUUGUGCAAGCACUUGCAGCCAUCAAGCAGAGCUCUACAUACGGUAGGACAAGCUCCUUGGCGUUCAGUUGCUGCUCACGGAUCCAAGGACCUACCCGUUCCUGCUUGUGCGGUCGUUACUCUUUAUACAUCAGCGGCUUUCAGAAUCCGCACUGCAGCUAACAACAAUCAAGGCUGCGUCCGGGCCAAUACAAAGCUGCAACGACAGCUCUGGCCAAUCCUGGUUUCGAUCGUUUCUAUCGCGCCUGGAGAAGUGUCACAAUGGAAGAAGGGAAGGAGGUGAACGUGAGCGUGAACGAUUUUCAAGGACACCUCGAACGAGUGUUCCAGCGCACGAACCUGCGCACCACAGGGGCACCGGACGAGGCGGCUGGUCCCAGCCAGCAAGAUGAGCUGCCUGACGACUUCUAUGAGUUUACAGCGGAGGACUACUUUAGAAUGAAAGGGAACAGGCCUGGGGAGGCGGUGCUCAAGACUCGUGCGAUGCGAGAGCAGGAGGAACGAGAACGACGUGCGCGCUUCUCAUCUACAAAAAUAAGAGUCCAGUUUCCAGAUCUGUACGUCGUCGAGGCAUCUUUCCCAAGCGAGAGUACAAUCGACGGCUUGUACGCUUUCAUCUCGACCAUCGUGCGACCAGGCGUCGCUACGUGGCAUCUCUUCACGGUUCCACCGAAGCAGCGGCUAGUGGACCGGAGCCGGACGCUGUGGGAGGCGGGGCUAGUGCCGCUCGCGCAGGUCUUUUGGGCCGUCGAUGACAAAGAAGCCGUUUUGCCGAGCGUACCCGACUCGGAAAGCCCGUACCUCCAAAAGUGGGUUACAGACAAACGGGAGGAGGCGCCUCAGCCACCGGGAUUAGGAAAAAUUGGUGAGGCCGAGCGAGAGGCGGGGAGAAAACGGGCGGCCAUGCAAGCUGCUGGCAAAAAGCAGACGGAAAGCGAGGGGGGGGCCAGAGCGCCCAAGUCAAAACCGAAGUGGCUCAAAAUUUAGAGACGUCGGAUGGUGUCGUCUGGAUAGUAUUGCCCAUACGACAUGCAUCCGGGGUAAAUAUCAUUUAGCAUCUCGGUCAAAUGCUCUCCGUCGGUGUCACUCCUUGCAUCCUUGUCAUUGUGCAACUGCUAAAUUGCAAUGCAUGCAGUGCACUUCUGCCC